AAAAAAAAGGUUCUCUGGAGAGAGUUUUCUCGAACCGCAAGAAAUACCCACCGUCUUCUUCCCAUUCCUUUCAACUCGUGCAAAAGCGGAACAUCAGAAACCCAACUCACUGAGUUGCCUGAGAGAGAGAGAGAGAGAGAGAGAGAGAGAGAGAGAGAGAUGGUGGUAAUCGAACCGAGGGAAGAAGAAGAAAAAGGCCGGGUCAAUGUCACGCGGGAACCUAAAUCAAAACCCUCAGCGAAAACAACAUCAGUUGAGGCAGAGCCGAGCCACAGCGCCAAAUCGGGCGCCGUAGAUGCCGAUGACGGCUUCGAAACAGCCAGCGAAAGCGACUUCAACGGCGGCGAUGAUGAUCAUGACCCCGAACAAAAUCAACAGCAGGAGGAACCGCCACAACCUAUGGCUCCAAUAGAUGACUCUCUCGAAGCUGUCUCCGACGAAGAAUCGAUUCAGAAAGCCUUGGCUGAAGCAAAUGAUGCAAAAGUGAAAGGUAAUAGAAUGUUUGGAGAUGGGCAGUAUGAAGAGGCAUUGUCAGAGUAUGGGCUUGCUUUACAAGUUGCACCUGACGUGCCCACAUCUGUUGAAAUACGUUCAAUAUGCCAUGCAAACCGUGCAUUAUGUUACUUAAAACUGGGAAAAUAUGAGGAGUCAAUAAAGGAUUCCACAAAAGCACUGGAACUAAAUCCUAAUUAUGUGAAGGCUCUGCUUCGAAGAGGAGAGGCUCAUGAGAAGCUUGAGCACUUUGAAGAGGCUAUUGCUGACCUGAAAAAAGUGUUGGAAUUGGAUCAAUCAGAUGUCCAAGUUAGGAGAACCAUCCAUCGUUUGGAGCCGUUGGCUGCAGAAAAGCGCGAAAAAAUGAAACAAGAGAUGAUUGAUAAGCUAAAAGACAUGGGAAACUCCGUUUUGGGCCGCUUUGGGAUGAGCAUCGACAACUUCAAAGCCGUUCAAGAUCCAAAUACCGGUUCCUAUUCCAUUUCAUUCCAAAAGUAGUCAUCGUGCUUUGUGGUCAUCUCAACACAAGGAAAGUGGAGACAAUGGUAUGAUGAAUACACAGUGCUUGUAUUUGAAGGACUAAUCUUUAUGUGGAACUACGAAUGGGUUUUGGUGCUCUAUUCUGCAGUGUUUACAUUGUUAAUGGAUCGGAAUAACACUAGGUGCAUGUUUUAAGACGGUAUAGCGAAAUCACUCAUUCUGCAAUUAUUUUUUGAUUGGUUUUAAGUAUUGUAGAGCUGUUUCUUGGAAUUACUUGCUUAAUUGUGAAAUUAUUCGAUUUUA